AUGUUUAUUCCAAUGAUGAUGAAAAGACCAAUUGAUGAUAGACAAAUUAUUGGAGUUAAAGAAUUGUCUCAAUCAUCGCUUGAUUAUAUACUUGAUUAUUUGGAAAGAACCAAAGUACCGAUUGUUAUUUGGACAACUCUGAAACAAAGAGAGCCAUUCUUUGUGGAAGAAGAAGUGUGGUAUGAUUAUUUAGAUAGAAAUUGUAUCAUUAAAUGGAAGAGUCCAGAACAUUGUGUCACUUUGGUCGGAUUCACAAAUGAAAAUGUCAUUGUCAAUGAUCCAGAUACAGGCAAACAAGAACAUUAUGAUAGGAAGAUAUUCGAGAAGAGAUUUAUUGAGAUGGGCUCCAUGGCCUUCUCUUUUACAAUUGAUGAGGGAGAUAAGUGUCUUAAUGAUUAUUGA